AUGGGCUGGAUAGCCUACCCAUGGGGGGGAGCUGGUUCAGUUUGGCUGGAACAGUGGAACGCCAGUCCUCGUCAUGCACGUGUCUUUGGUCUGGUGAACAACCUUACCAAUAAGAAGAAGCUGUCCAUGACUACGAGGCAGCAGAAGGACUCCCAUGCUUUAGGAAUUCUGGCUUUGAGCUGGAACUUGCUCAUAGCUAGUCUCCCUGCUGAGGCAAUUGGUGAGGCAGGCCUGCCUGCCAUGACAGUCAAAGGCAAUGACUUGGACUUUGGGUAUACCCUAGACUUACCUGGUGGUCCUCUCUGCUUUUCGACAGCUGAGUGGGCUCCCUCUGAGGCAUAUAUGUCACAGAAUUAUGAGUCCCCCAUUCACACAGACCAACUCUAUGCCCCUUAUGCAAUGAACUGGGUUACUCUUCAUGCUAUCAUGGAUCCAGAGCAAUGCCAGCUUCAUGGUGGCCGUAGUUCUGGUGGAAAUUAUGUGGAUGUCUCCCUCAAGGUAGUGGUGAAAUGUGCCACUGACACAGUCAUGAGUAUGCAACCCUGUUUCCAGCAUGGUACAACCCUUGCUCGAGAUGGUGUCUGCAGACAAGGAACUGCCAUCAAUUUUUCGAGGCACAUCAAGCAAGCCUUCGAUGAGGCAAUUGCAAUUGAAGGUGAUGUCAAGGCAAUGGUAGUCAUCCAGUAG